AUGGAGGCUAAAGCUGUUAAUAAAGGGAAAUUUAUCCAUAGGUUGUAUCAAUAUUAUCACAUAUGUACGACUUUUCUAUUUUGUACAUUAUUAGCAAGAUGGCUAAUAUUGAUGCCGUUAGUUGGGUCAAGGUAUCUUCCAGGAGCUGUUCAUGAACUGUUGAUUUAUCUACUUGGUAUUUCAAGUUUGAUUGAAUUGUUUUGGAGAUUUUAUUUCCAUGGUUUGAAGAAUGGAUUCAUGUCAUUAACGACCUUAAAGGACGUUAAUUUUUUGUAUUUUGUAAGAGUUAUGCAUUUUUAUGAUGAUUAUGAGUAUGAAUUGGUACUCAAGAAUACAACUUAUUCAAGUUUUAUUAUCGGGCUAUCUUUUACACAAGCUUAUUGUCAUUGGAACAAUCUAUUUAAAAGACAAAAAAGCUCAUAUGGUAUACGUUCGAUAUAUUGGAAAAUUAAUACUUGGAUCAUGAUGCCAACUUUAUAUUUAAGUGAAUUCUAUUUACUUUUAUUGAACAAUCGUAAUCCAAACUUCCAUUCCACACCUUUAUUGGAUAAAAUCAAUAAAUGUGCUUUGGUAGUAUUCAUUCCAAUAUCAUUAAUUGCAUUGAAGAAACAUAUUUCAAAGAUUUAA